GUUGCGCGUAUUAUGGUAUUAGCGCUGCACCCAAUAAAUUAAUGUCGGCGCGACUCCACCUUGCUUAGGAUUUCUAGUUCAUUUCCUCAACCUUCUAAUGGCUCUUUCAGGGUCGAAGGAGUUCGUCGAUAUGCUGCUAGCUCGUGAAUUUACAAGUGCUGAUGAUCAGGUACUUAUUAUGAAUGGUUGUGAUGUUAGUGGACAUAGUUUUAAAGAAAAUGGUUUCGCAAAACCCGUUUUGGUACGAUCAAAAGACGGUCUAAGAAUUAAGGUCCCGCUAGACUCAUUCUCUCAUACAGAUUUAACCAGGUUUAUAGAUCCUAGUAUUCAGGUUGAUGUCAUCGAUGUUCGUCAGCAAGUCGAGAUACAAAUGACGCUCCAAGAACUGGUUGACCACUUUUCAUCACCUCGUCGACAGGUAUUGUUAAACAUGCUGAGUCUGGAGUUUUCAAGAACCAGGUAACAUAUGUUGUCUUCACAUUAAAAGUAGCCUGGCAGAGUUUGUACAUCCUCCGCAUGUCGUUUCGGAACUUAGUCUUGUCACGACCUGUUGGCCGGAAGAUGACCCUAACGACCUUAAAGAUGUUGAAUUUAUCGGCGAGACUGCACCAACUGUCCAGAAAUACUGUCUUUUAAGUAUGAAAGGCAGUUAUACUGACUUCCAUAUAGAUUUCGGUGGAUCAUCUGUUUGGUACCAUGUUAUGUGGGGUGAAAAAGUGUUUUACUUGAUGCCGCCUACACCCGAGUUCGUUUCUGCUUAUUGGCGAUGGUGUAUGAGCAGCGAUCAUAGGGCGACGUUCUUUCCAGACUUUGUUGCUAGUCUUCGGGAGAAAGAAUCGACUAGUAACGUAAAUAGACCCACAGUUUACUGCCUUCACAUUUUACCCGGUCAAACAAUCUUCUUGCCAUCUGGUUGGAUCCACGCUGUUUACACGCCUUCUGACUGUCUAGUUUUUGGAGGAAAUUUCCUGAGUGGAUUGCAUGUAUCUAUGCAGCUCAGAAUUUAUCGCAUGGAACAAAAAUGUAAAACUCCAAUGAAAUUUCUGUUCCCUAAUUUUGAGAAGGUUCACUGGUUUUAUAGCCAAUGUCUCCUGGACAGACUAACUAACAACUUAACUGAUGGCGAAAAUCCCGUUAUUUUCGACGUAGAGGCGGCUGAAUGCUUGGCUAAAGUUCUUCCUUUGUGGUAUUCUAAAAGACAUAUGCUCCCACCAAAAGAAAGAGAUUACUUUCUUCCGAAUCAAAGUCAGUUAGACAUGUUAUGUCCAAGUCUCAUUGAAAGACUGUCUGAGGUCGUAAAUUCAAUAUUAUCACAUUCAACGAAAAACUCAGGUUUUUUAUCAGAUUAUUCCAAAUCAGAUAUAUUUUCAAAGCAUUCCAAAUCUAAUGGACGAGCAAUUGAAAGCUGCUCAAAUGCUAAAAGUAUAGAAUGUUUGAACCGUGAGCUAGGUAAGGAAACUAACUGGGAACUUAAAGAUAGACAUAUUGGAGGUCUAGGCUGGAUGCCAAAUAGACAAACUUAUUCCAAAAAUUUACGUGAACCAAAGAGCUUGAUAAAAGAAAAUGAGAACGAAAAACAUGUAAUUACUGAUGAUGUAGAUAUCCUUGAAGCACUACCGGGUUUGGAAAAAAGUCGAUUAAUCGGAGACCAUUAUUAUUUGACAUUCAGUGAUUCAGAAAGUGAUGAUGGCGAUAACGUUAGGAUGAAAUCAAAAGCCGAAUGUUCGCUAACAAAGAAACAGAAGGGGAUAUCUACUCUAUACCAAGCAAGUAGGAAGAGAAAAACUAAGAAUGAUGAUGAUGAUCCAACUUGGAGUAUGCCUAGUCCUACGCGUCGCAGGUUUGGUACAACUGAAUUGAAGUCAAAGAGUUCAAGACUUCUUGUUUCUAAUUUAAAAAGAGAUAAAAAGUCUUUGCACCCUCUACUCAAUGAAGUGAAUCCAUCAUCAUCAGGCUCGAGUGCUUUAAAACCCAGAGAUUCUUCAACAUUGCGUCCGCAUAUGACAGUAAAAGCACAAAAACCACGAACUAAACGCAAUACAACAGUUAGACAACGUCUUGCUAAACGUUUAGGUAUUUAAUUCAUUUUAGCAAAGCAUGGAUGUUAUUUAUUUACAUAUUGUCUAUUUGUAUGCUUAUCUAUUACAAGUUUACUAAUAUUAUUCAAUACUAUCAGUGUUAACUCUGAUUUUAUACUUUUUUCUACCUACAUAUAUAAAGUGAAUUAUUUGGACCGUAUAGAUUUGUAAAAUUUAUUUCCUCUCUACUAACGAUAUCUAUAUAUAUGUAUACAUAUACACACUCAAGUUAGCAAUUCUUAUCCGAAUGUAGUAUAAUAUGGUCGUGAUCUAAGGAAUUUUUCAAAUAACUUCAGUUUUAUUAUUGUUAUUACUAACUGUAGUAGCGGUAUUACUAUUAACAAGUGCAGCAUACUUAUCAUGCAUACAAUGACCUUUUUUAACCAUAUUUCAAAUAGUUCUUCUGAGUUAUUUUUUAUUCUUAUUUGUUCACUAAUAAUGCCAUUCAAUUUGUGUCCCAUACUUCUAUGUCCUUAUUUUAGUUAUAUUUUAAAUUUGAGAAAUGUAAACUUCAAUUGCAUUUAUGUAUAAUCAUGCUGAUUAUGAAAUAGUUAAAUAACUGACUGUUUCCCUCUAACUUCAUCCAUUUCUUCGUGUAAUUUCAUUUAUUCCACUUCAUCAUUAUUCGCAUAUCUCAUCCUCAUUUUCUCUAGAUCUCCAGGACCAUUCAUGGAAUAUGUUCUGAAAAGUAAUAUAUAUAUUAGCAUCAUUCGGCUACUCAGUAAUAGUAAGAAUCUGUUUUAUUAGGUAUAUUCUCUUGUUUUUUAGCGGUUUUCUUGGUUACUUGUUCACUGAUAUGUGUGUGUAUUUUGUAAUACUACGUUAUUUAUUCACUUUGUUAUCGUUUUUUGUUACUAUUAUUGGUUUUUUUUACUUUACGUACAUGUUUUAUAAAUAUUUGUUUAUUUGCAUACAAAUGGAACUAAUAAUGCUUUCCCUGUUUUCAUUCAUUGUUUACCUAGCUCAUUCUUUUUGAAAUGUUUAUUGGUCUUUGUUAAAAAAGUUUUUUUAUCAUUAGGUUUUAUGCAAAUUGUUUUUGAUUGAAAUAAAUAUUGUUAUAAUAAUAUAUUAUAUACAUGACCGUC